GGUCCGCCCGCGGGCUGCGGUGCGAGCGGGCGGCCCGGCUUCCCUCCUCCCCCGCCGGCCGCCGCCGCCGCCGCUGCCGCCGCCGCCGCUGUGAUUGGGUAGAAGAUGGCGCUGGGCGGAUGGAAAUCCUAAUGACAGUCUCCAAAUUCGCCUCCAUCUGUACCAUGGGCGCCAAUGCCUCGGCAUUAGAGAAAGAGAUUGGGCCAGAACAGUUCCCCGUCAACGAGCACUAUUUUGGAUUAGUCAACUUUGGGAAUACCUGCUACUGCAAUUCAGUUCUUCAAGCACUUUAUUUCUGUCGUCCGUUCCGGGAGAAAGUUCUAGCGUACAAGAGUCAGCCCAGGAAGAAGGAGAGCCUUCUCACCUGCUUAGCGGACCUCUUCCACAGCAUUGCGACUCAGAAGAAAAAGGUCGGCGUUAUCCCUCCCAAGAAGUUCAUAACAAGAUUACGGAAAGAAAAUGAGCUUUUUGACAACUACAUGCAACAAGAUGCCCAUGAAUUCUUAAAUUACCUACUAAAUACAAUUGCUGAUAUUUUACAAGAAGAGAGAAAGCAGGAAAAACAAAAUGGUCGCUUACCUAAUGGUAAUAUUGACAGUGAAAAUAACAACAGCACACCAGACCCAACGUGGGUCCAUGAGAUUUUUCAGGGAACAUUAACUAAUGAAACCAGAUGUCUUACUUGUGAAACUAUAAGCAGCAAAGAUGAAGAUUUUUUAGACCUUUCUGUUGACGUGGAACAAAACACAUCAAUUACUCACUGCUUAAGGGGUUUUAGCAACACAGAAACCCUGUGCAGUGAGUACAAAUAUUACUGUGAAGAGUGUCGCAGCAAGCAGGAAGCACACAAACGGAUGAAAGUUAAAAAACUGCCCAUGAUUCUGGCUCUACACCUGAAGAGAUUUAAGUAUAUGGAUCAACUUCAUCGAUAUACAAAACUUUCUUAUCGGGUAGUUUUUCCUUUAGAGCUUCGUCUGUUUAACACGUCAGGCGAUGCAACCAAUCCUGACAGGAUGUACGACCUUGUUGCUGUUGUGGUUCACUGUGGAAGUGGUCCCAAUCGAGGCCAUUAUAUUGCAAUAGUUAAGAGUCACGAUUUUUGGUUGUUGUUUGAUGACGACAUAGUAGAAAAAAUAGAUGCACAAGCUAUUGAAGAAUUCUACGGGUUGACAUCAGAUAUCUCAAAGAACUCUGAGUCUGGUUACAUCCUUUUCUAUCAGUCUCGGGACUGAGGGAAAACCGUGAUGAAGAGAUACUUCUGCCUCAUUUCUUCUCUGGUUAUUUUGCAAAGGAUCAAGCACUGAUUUUUCAAGAAAAAGAGAAAUGCAGGAAGCUCAGGGGGCAGUAGCACACUUUGCACACAAUAAAGCAAAGACUAUGGAUUAACAAGCCCUUCCUAUCAUGGUAGUUGAUUUCUUUGCUCAGGUAUCAUGCUGUCCGUGCAGUUCAUACGACAAGGAAAUGAAAUCAGAGAUACCAGCUCCUCUUGUAAAACAGCCUUCCAGUUAUCGACACGCAUUUUCUCUUUAUUAAUUGCACCAAUAAUGAUUGGAAUUCCUUGGGGGUGCAGUAGAAAGAUUCGGAAUCUGUGCUAGGGUGUGUGUUAAUUGCAGGAGGCCAUGUGGAGCACGCUGCACAGAUUUGCCUGUGUGCGGGGUGCAGAGCAGCACAGUCAACGGUCUUUUCAAGCAUAAACCGGAAAUACUUUUGGGCCCAACACUUGCAGUUGCCUUCCUGGUGUAUAAGACUAACAGAUACUAGAAUCCAGUGUCAGGAAGACAAAUAUGUUUUGCUUCUCUGAAGAAGCUUAUAAUAAUAUACAGUAUAUGUAUAUGUAGGGAACAAUUGGUCAAAAGUGGCUUUUUGUUUCCCCAAGGGGAAAGACUGGCUUUGUAAUUAUAAUUUUUCCUUAUUUAUUUUACUUAAAACUGGUAGAGUCUAAGUAUUGUACGAAGUGCCCAUGAUUCUGUCAGUAAAUUUGAGCAUAAUUUUAUUAGUUUUUGUCAGUUUUAGUAAUCCUUUGUUUCUAUUUUUAAGCUGAAUAUUGAAUUGUAUCUGAAAUCAGUAAGAUACUUUGAGGAAAAUUGCAGUGAGAGGCAGUAAAUAUUCCUUUUUCAGGAGGAACUGAUAUCUCUGGCUAAACUAUUUUUUUUUAAUUAUAGUUUAUAUGUCAGUUAUUUUCAGCUUUAAUUUCAAUAAAAUAAAAAAAAAACUGAAAAAUUCCCUAUAGUUGUUGGAAUGAUAAAAAAAAUUCUGGUGCAGUGGUGGUAAGCCAAUCUUUAGAAUCCUUAAAUAUUUUAAUGUGUCAAGCCGAGGCCCUGGUUGGAAAAUUCAUGUCAUAGCAGUUAGGUUACUUUCAAAUGCCAUUUUUUUAACCCUGAACAGAAGUAAUACUUUCAAUCCUCAUAACCCUAGCAUUGUGGAUAGCCAGCUAAAAGAUCCCAUGUUAAUGAAAUUGACAAGUCCUCCCUUCCCCUUACCCCCACUCUGCCUUUACAAAUCUUACUGGAAAUGUGUUGAGAAAUUAAAAUUUGUGUUUGUUCAGACUUCAUUCUGCUGGGGGUUUUUAAGAAGCACUCUAUGAUGUAACAAGUAUGUAACAUGUAUGUAAACUGUUGCAGUUGACAUCUUCCCAUGUAUCAGUAAGUUGUCUGACGGUGGCUGAAUGUAACUUGCAGAAAAUAAUUGAAAAUUACUCAAAAUAAUAGCAAUCAGGCCUUGGAUAUUCUUAUCAAAUUCUUUUCAGGCAGUACUUUUUUUUACAUUCUCUAAUUUUCUAAUGUUAUUUUACUAAAACUGUUGACUAUGGGAAAAACAACAAAAAACUGGUUUUUUGUGCUGCUAUUAACAUUUAUUAUCUGUAUCCUUUAGCUCAGGAAAUGACUUCACCUAUUCGUUCUGUAAACAAAUCUUUAACAGGGUCGCUUAGCUAAUUGGGCUGCUUAAGCAGAUAUGCUGGGAGAAAACUAUGAUAUUUAGUAUUUGUACUAAAUAUUAAAAGUAUUUUGACAAAUUGCUUUUUAAGAUACAGUUUCUAAAGCCUCACCCUGGCUGGAGUUGUUUUGUACAAAUUAUACAUAGCUUGCCUGAUCUGCCAGUGUAGCACAGAGAGUCAUAACCGAGGGUGUAGGGACGGUCAGAGCAGUGGAGGUGGAUCCACUUUCUCUUUUGAGGGCUUCAGCCAGACUGUUGUGGAAUUAAAGCUGUAUUUCUGCAGCUUUGAAUGCAGAGAGAAGGGUAGAGUCAAGCAGAAUCCGUCGUGAUAUCAGCUGGGCCACAGCAUGCGUGAGAAAGAUAGCUGAGGUCAUUUGCACAAAGGUACAGCACUGACAAGCUGUGUUGCGUUGUUUUUACAUUUUUGCAGGUUCUCGCCCUUGUGCUGCGUUCCAUGAGAGUCAACACACUUUGUUCACAUCUAGACCAUGUUUAUAGUCUGAGUUGUCAGGGGAGGGGCUGCGGGGUGAUGGUUUGGAUUAACUUUUACUCUUAGUGCAGCUGGGUCUAAGGAAACGGUUUUGAAGCUCAUCAGAAACUCAGUGUACUUCUAAAAGGUGUAGGGUUAGGGUUGGGAAAACCAGUACAGGUGUAGGAAGGCAGGAAGGAGACCCACACAAAUGGCAUUGGGAGGUGGUCUGUUGGCUGACCGUGCAUAGAGCAAGGGCAGGUCUAAGCUGUAACUGGUGGCUGGUUGCUCUGUACCUGUGUAUGUGUUCGUCAGGAUGACUGUCCCAUAUUUUGUAUAUUGGAGUAAGCAUUUCUAUGAAUUACCAUAACUGAAAGUAAAUAUUCUAAAUAAGCCCCGCUUCUAAGUCCUGCGGCUUCUGUCUGGGAAACCUGCCCUGGAGAGGACUGCUUACAACAGAGCCAGGAGGCUGUGGGGAGUGGCAGCAGGUGUCCCCGUGGGUCCUGGGGCCUCUGACCCUCGGCGCAGGGCUUUUUCUUUCCUUGAUGGCAGUAGAAAGUCCUCAUUUUUCAUAACAUACUACUCUGUCUGCUUUCUUUAAAGCUACCUUUCAUUCAAGACUCUCUCAUGAGGUAUCUGGCUAGGAGCUGGGAGAGGCUAAGAUGCUCGGGCCCUGGCUCUUCAGUGCAGUGAACUGUGUGACCUUGGGCAAGUCACUUGACCUCUCUGUGCUUCAGUCUCCCUGUCCUGUCAAAUGGGAGUAAAACCUACCUCACAGGGUUGUUGUGGGGAUUCAUUAGAGAUGAUGUCUGUAAAGCAUUUAAGGUUCUCGAAGAAGGCGCUAUAUAAAUACAAAAUAAUAUCUAUUAAAGUUGGUUUAUUUGUGCUUGUGGGUUUUUAA